CAGUGCUGCGAUAAAUUUCGAUAAAAUUAGUUGGAUAAAUUGAGUUUUCCUGAUAUUUCGUUUGAACUAAUUCCGUCAAAACACCCCGAAUCACUAGAUGCGAGUGUCCAGGAAAAAUACUUCUGAAUAUCUGUUUUGAUUGCAUCAGAUCCACUCGCGUCACUGAUAACACGAUUGCGCGUAUGAAUCAGUUAAAAACAUCCCAAAAAUGAUAGUCAGAAAGGCCGUCUCAGACAUCGGUGCCUUCAGUUUACUUCGAACGCUGCGCCGAAUAAGUCGCUCGCAACUAGAAAAUUUUCAGUCAGACACGUGCAGAGCACAAGAAAUAUUUUUACGUACUUACACGAAACUCUCGUACUUGAAUAACUUCAACACUUACGACUACAAGAACAGAAAUAAGAAUAAAAUGAAGGAAUAUCAAACGUUACAAAUCCUUCAAAAUGGCUAUGGGGAAGCCAAACGGUGUAAUCACUCGUACAGCAAAAUGGCAAAACUCAUCGAUGGAAAGCGCAUCGCGACCGAAAUCCGUGCCGAGCUCAAGCAAAAAGUCAUCGAAUGGGUGAAAGAAGGUCAUCGUGCCCCUCAUCUCACGGCAAUCCUCGUUGGCGACGACCAAGCCAGUCAAACGUACGUUCGCAACAAGAUGCUCGCUGCCAAGGAUGUCGGUAUCAGCAGUCAAACUCUGAACUUGCCAUCAUCCAUAACGGAAGAAGAAUUACUCGACAAGAUCAACGAGCUCAACGAAAGUCCCUUGGUUGACGGAAUUCUCGUGCAAUUACCUCUCCCGAGUCACAUCAACGAACGUCGCAUUUGCAAUUCCGUCAGUUGCGAAAAAGACGUCGACGGUUUCAACGAGAAAAAUGUCGGUCGCCUCUGUCUCGACAUGAACACGCUCAUCCCGUGCACCCCACUUGGCGUCCAGGAACUCAUUAAACGCGAAAAUAUCGAGACUUUUGGCAAGAACGUCGUCGUUGUUGGUCGUUCCAAGAACGUUGGCAUGCCAAUUGCCAUGCUCAUGCAUGCCGAUGGUCGCAACGACACAAGUGCAAUGGAUGCCACCGUCACAAUUUGUCAUCGAUUCACCCCGAGGGAACAAUUGGCGGUCUUUUGCAGACUUGCUGAUAUCGUUAUCACAGCAACGGGCGUUCCGGGACUCAUCAAAGCUGACAUGAUCAAACCGGGAGCGUGCGUAAUUGACGUCGGAAUCACCAGAAUCACGGAUGAGGAAACGGGAAAGACCAAACUCGUCGGUGACGUGGACUUUGAUGAAGUCCGGAAGGUAGCGGGACACAUCACACCAGUGCCGGGUGGCGUUGGUCCCAUGACAGUAGCAAUGCUCAUGAAAAAUACCUACAUUGCAGCGAAAAACCUCGCAGGACAUCACGGAAGACCCGAAUCUCCCGUCAGCAACAACAGCAGCAACGCCUCUGUUUAAAAAUCAGUCCAAAAAAUAGUAUUUCACUCACAAAUCAAACAAAUAGACAAAUUUUAAUUAGGUCAUAAACAAAUAAUAGGUCAAUUUUAAUAGAAAAUGUAGAAAAACAAGCCCCCGCACGCAAGUAUUUCAAAACAAACAAACAAAAACAUGUUUUUUUGACUUGUUACAAGCACUGAUAAGUCAGUGUGUUGCAUCUUUCUUCGUAUUUUUGUUUUUCUUUCGAAAAAUGAUAAUAAUUUAAACAAAAAUAUAAACAGCAAUCAGCUUCCUAUUGUGAUGGAAACAAAAAAAAAUAUUUAAUAUUUUGAUAACAAAGUAAAUAUUUCCAUAGUUUUGUAAGAAAAGAUUUUAU